AGAAAAGAGUGUGAGUCAAAUAAGAACAAGUCAAUAGUUAAUACAACUACUCCAUUUAUUAAUAAAUAACCAUGGCAGAUGAUGAUUUUGAUGGAGAUGAUGUAGCAGAUGAGUUUGAUGAUGCUGAUGAUGAUAACUUGAAUGAAUUAGAAACUCAAGAAGAGGAUGGAGAAACUUUUGAACUUGUGGCGGCCGGAGAAGCUUCUGGAGGCGUCCAAAAAAGCAAGCGAAUCACUACAAAAUAUAUGACCAAAUAUGAAAGAGCACGAGUUCUUGGGACUAGGGCUUUGCAAAUAGCUAUGUGUGCACCAGUAAUGGUUGAAUUAGAAGGAGAAACCGAUCCACUUCAAAUAGCUAUGAAAGAACUCAAACAGAGAAAAAUUCCAAUAGUCAUUAGAAGAUAUUUACCUGAUAAUAGUUAUGAAGAUUGGGGAAUUGAUGAGUUAAUCAUUAUUGAUCACUAAGCUAUGUAUCAUUUAAAUAUUUAAUAAAUGUAAUUUUAAGUCUGAAA